AUGGAAAACAGUACUUAUUUCAACCUCACCAUGUUUGUGAUAUUGAACAUUGGGAACUACCGCUACCCAGCAUUUGUCUUGUGUUUCAUGUUGUAUGCUUUUAUUAUCUCAGCUAAUCUCACUAUAAUAGUGGUAAUAUCACGAGAGAAAACUUUACAUGAGCCCAUGUAUAUUUUUAUUAUGUGUCUCUCUAUUAACUCUCUGUACGGCUCUGCUGGCUUCAUCUUCAGAUUUCUCAGAGACCUUGUGUCUGAUACUCAUUUGAUCUCACGAUCAGCUUGUUUCACUCAGAUCUAUGUCAUUUACACAUAUGCAUCCUACGAGCUCAGUAUUUUAGCCAUUAUGGCAUAUGAUCGGUAUGUUGCUGUAUGUCAACCUUUACAUUACCACAACAAAAUAACCUCCAAGGUGGUCUCUAAGUUGGUCGCCUUGGCAUGGAUCUAUCCAGUCAUUGCUGUUGCAACCCCUGUCUAUCUAGCCUCCAGACUUCCAUUGUGUGGCAAUAAGAUAUCAAAGGUCUUCUGUUCCAACUGGCCUGUUGUAAAACUGUCAUGUGUCACUACUGUGAUUAAUAACCUUGUUGGCAUGUUUAUGACCAUAAGCACCGUCUUUCUUCCCCUGGUUUUUGUCUUGUAUACAUAUGCACGAAUUUUCCUUGUUUCUAGGAAACGCUCCGCAGAGUUCAAAGGCAAAGUCAUACAAAGCUGUCUGCCACACAUUACUACAUUUGUCAAUUAUUCCAUUACUGUGUUUUGUGAUAUUGCUCUCAGCAGAACUAAUCUCGAAGAGCUGAAUCCAUUUCUAGCUGUCAUUUUAUCACUUGAGUUUGUUGUUAUUCCUCCCAUAGUAAAUCCUGUUGUGUAUGGCCUGAAGUUACCAGAAAUUAAAGUACGUAUCUUAAGAAUGUUAUCAUGCUCAAAACCUGACUAA